UCCUUUGAGAAAUGGUGAGAUAGUUACCCACUUUAAUGCUACUGGAAUAAAAUUGAGAGGCGAGGAAGGAUUAACAUCAGAAAGCGGCGCCGUUUUGAAGUGAACCCUCGUCACCAUUUCCGCAGUGUUCUCUUCUGUUUUCCGCAUCAAACAUGUUUCGCAUCCGCAGAAUGUUGUCUUAUCGUGCACUCUUAUCAUGUACCCGCAAUGCACAUUCCUCAUCCGAAACGCGUUCUCUCAUUCGUUCCCAUCCCCCUUCCUUCCUAGGAGUAGGAAUCACAGAAAACCAUGGAUCAACUACCUCUUUUGCAAGACUCAUUUCUUCAAAAGCAUCGCAAGAACAGGGGAAAAGCUCAGAAAAGACGAAAAAGGAGAUAACAACUAUUGAGGAUCCUUUUGAUUCUUCUCCAACAUAUAAUAUUCCAGAGAAGCCGGUAACAUUUGUGGAAGGGGCGUCCUACAGUGUGAUCAUUCUUGCAGGGCUUGGAGUUGCAGCAGCUGCUGGAUAUGCUGUUUUCAAGGAACUUAUAUUUCAACCCAAAGAGUACAAGAUAUAUAACAAGGCUCUCAAAAGAAUUCAAGAUGAUGGUCAGGUUAGAGUGAGGAUUGGCUCCCCAAUUACAGGUUAUGGCCAGGAGAGUAGAAAUCGUGCUGCUCGUCAAAGAAUUCCCAACAGGGUUUGGACUGAUGAGGAGGGUGUUGAGCAUGUAGAGGUUAAUUUCUAUAUCCGGGGCCCUCAUGGACAUGGAAAAGUAUUCUCCGAGAUGUUCAAAGGAGCUGACAGUGAGUGGAAAUACACAUACUUGAUUGUUGAGAUUAGAGCACCAACUCCAGCACAAUUAAUUCUGGAGUCAUAUAUCCCAGCUUACAACACAAACAAGUAGCCUCGAGUAGAAAAGGUCCUUGAUAUUUGGUCUAGUCUGUAGGCCGCAUUUUUCGUUUUCAGCAUUGAUCACCUUAGUCAGGCAGUCCAUGUUCCGUAAGGGGUGAAAGUUGAAAAAAGGAAAGACAAUUAAAGUACCAAAUAAUAGGGGAAUCUGGAAUUCAAAUCUCAGGUUCAGUAUUUUUUUUACUUUCGUUAAGAACCUGCAGAUGCAAGGAAGAGUUUUGUGAAGGAUCUUAGUAACAACGACGAGAGUGGUUACUUUGUCAUUGAUGCGGAUUGAGAAUGCCAUGUACACUUCUAAUUCAUUGUUACUGCUGACAAUUUCAUAUAGCUUGGUUUGUAAACUACUACAUUGAGUAGCCUGAAGGGGCAUGCUAAUUUGUUAGGGAUGAAUCAAAACGAAAAUUAAUAAUGGAUACUAUGAAGGUUAAGGCUAUUUUCUACAAUUUUAA